AUGAGUGCAGUAAUGUUUAUAAUUCUUGAAGCUACCGCAGAUGAAAAAAGGAACAUCGAAAUUGUGGUGCAACAAUUAUUGAGAUACGCGGCGAUCCUUCAGCAGACAGCCGAAUACAUAUACCAGCUCGAGCAGCAGAAGACCCAACUAUUGUCUCAGAACCUUCAACUGAAAAGACUGGUAGAUCAGCACGAAGGGGGCGAAGUACCGACAAAGAAGCGCAAACACGACAGUCAAGCUAUGGUAGUGAGUCUACCGGUGCACGUGAGCGAAAGUGGCGAUGAAGGCUUAGGCAGUAUGUCACCGGAACCGUUGUCAGUGAUCACCGUGUCAGCCGAUGGCCACGCGUCUGUCGGCAAUAACGAUCACGUUGCCGAUUUGAAGCGUCAACUCGAAAGAGAACGCAACGCCCGAGCUCAGCUCGAGAAACAGAUGAGGAAUCUGCAGAAUCAACUCUUCCCCAGUGAUCGUUACCGCGAGGAGCAGCUCAUCGCCUACCAACCUCACGAGGUUAUCGAACACACAAACAACGUUCUCCAACAGGAUUUGGAAGAUGGUAUACCGGGUCUACAAGUUGUUUCUGUCGUAUCGGUACCGACGGUCGGGUCGACGCAAACCGUAGAAACGAGUAACGCCGACUCGAAUACACCACCACUGUCGCCGCAACCAGCAUGCGAGAUAAUCGUACCGAACAAUGUGAAUAACGACGAGACAGUGAUUUCAAAAGAAGUUAGCGUUGCUGAUAUAUUACAAGUGGAGUCGCGACCCACCAGUCCCCAACAGCAGCACGUAGCGAAAAUCGUAGCGUUCGCUGGCGUCGGCGGUACAGUUUUCACCUCCGCCCUCGACGAGCAAGCUGUCGCUCAAAAUGGAUCAUUCAGUCCUGCCUACGCAGCGACACUCACACCCACGACUGUCACCAACAAAUUCGAAUCUGCAAGUCAGUUUAUCACGACUAGUCCAACAAGGCCGUUCUCACCUGAUCAGGACAGUAGUCAACAGAGGUUGCCAAGUGUACUCGAGGCUGCUAUGAAGGCUGAACCCAAGGUCGAGGUCGAGAGGUUACCGUCGCCCUCGAAUUCGUUAGACGACGGCAGUGCGCCGCAAGCGCGAUUGUACCUAGCGAACACGUCGCGGCAGAAUUUGGAAACGAUUGUCGAGGCGAUUCGCCACUUGGAGGGCGAUCAUUUGUUCAGCGACGAGCCGGCACAAGACGUACCUCUGGCGUUAACGAACAAAUCCAACGUUACGAAUAACAGUGUGAGCACCAAACGAUUGCACGCCGAGGUCAACAGUUUUCUGCAGUUCAACAACGUGCAGCAGCAAUCGCCUGUGCAAUCGCCAUCGUCGCAGACGCAAACCGCCACGCAGCAAGUGCGGCCUGGUGUGAUUGUCGUCAAACACUCGUGAUCCGUAGCUGCUCGUGGUCUCAAGUCAUCGUCGUCCGGUAUCACCACCACCACUAGCGCGUGAGAAUGGACACGCGAGCUGUUAAAGAGAUGAGAAGGAAAUGAAAGAAUAACGAAAAACACGAUCAAAUUCGACGAAGUUUCAUUCUGUUUUCUUUUUCUUUUUUUUUUUUGUUUGUUUUUUUCUUUGUUUAAAAUAAUCUGUGCCAAAUAAUGGGAAGUACCGUGACCAUUUUGUUCCUUCAUCCGUAGGUGUUUAUAGAGGAUAGUGACAGAAACACAACACGACUGACUUUGCGGACACACGAGUGUAAUGUUUUAUUUUUCUUUUUCUUUUUUUUUUUGUUUUUCAUUUUUUCAUUUUGCGAGAACGUGCGAGAAUGAGAGAGAAAGAAACGUUGAUUGCUUUUUCGUUUGAAUACUGUUUUUACCUACAUCACUUGAAUCAGUUUUUUUUCUUCAAUUCACUUUGUUUUUUUCUUCUUAUUCUAUUAUACCCUGUGCAUCUAUAUAAUACCAGUUAUAUUAAGCGCACGAGCGUUAAACUCGGGACUAUACUGUUCUAAUUAUUUUUUUUUAAAUCGAAGAAGAAUGAAAAAGACAACAACAUAUACAUUGAGAGAAAGCAAGAGAGAAAGAAGUUUAGCGCGUAGUAGUUUAUGCUUAGUGUUUAAAUAACUAAACAUAAAAUUUUAAGGUAUCUCAUAUUACAUGUCUUUAAUUGAUAAAACAAGUAAAAGGAAACAACCCAGUGGUACGCGUUGCGUCGCAAUGUAAUCGCCCCAAGUCGAGUCGAUGACACUUUCAUUUUUUUUUCAUUUUUAAGAUUUAAGCGAGGAUUCAGACAGACAGAAAUGAAACAAGCAACAUUUGUAAGCUAUAAGGACAGUUUAUAAUUAGUGUGUUAGAUACGUAGGAAUUGUUUAGCGCUGCGAGAAAAUGAAGUGCGAUAGAGAUAAAAAAAAGUGCUAUUUGAGCCUGGGCUGCAUGUGUUCUUUUCUUUUGCGAUAUCUGUGCAGCGCAAAUUUACCUGAGUAGAGUCACAAUGCUGCCGAAUAUGAGCGAUUAAUCGUGCGAAAAAUGAUAACCAAAGUCGCGUUUCAUUUUUCCUUUUUAUUGCUUGUGUAGAUUUUAAAGAAGUCUAACGCGAUGUGUCGGAAUAAAGGGUGGAAGUUUUUGAAGAAUAAGAGGAGACGAUGGAUCAUAAGUGGUCGGUAUGAAAAUUGAAUCGCGUCUCUUAUUAUCGACAGAAAAUUCUAAACAAGCUUGCAUUAUUGCGUUCUUCUUAGAAUCGAAUACGAGCGAAAUGGAAUUCGAUUGAAAAAAAAUUAAUGUACAAAUUCAAAUUUAAAAGAAAGCUCUGCUAAAUUUAGAAAGAUUAUCUUGUAAUGGAAUCAUUUGUUUCUGAACGCGUUCAUAUUUAUAAAUGAUUAGAAAGCGUUUGAAAAUAAUUCACAAGAAUCAUCAGAGAUUUUGUAAUCUAAGGAAAGAUGCAAACAGCGGCAUGCUAACGUGUGAAGUGACGCAUCACAAUUAUAAUAGCAUUAAUAGAUUUAGAAUUUGCAGGAUUAUGGUUGGCAUUUGAAUUGGUACCUCGACGCAAAGAAAUCAGAAACGAAAAGAUGAAAAUUUGUUCAACGAGGACCAUUUAAGGCCUAAAAAAGAGACGAAAAAGAACAGUAAAACGCACGUUCGACGACGAGCAUUCGGUUCGAGUCAAAAUGGUGAAAUUUUUUUCAAAACUUUAACGCUUUUCUCGCGACUCUUAGUUUCUUUAUUAAUUACGGACUUGGAAAAAGAAAAUUAUUUAUUCGUUUUCUCAUGUACAAGAAAAAAAAUACUUUUACAUUUUUCGAUUACGCAUUAUUGAUAAUUAUACUGCGUAGUCACGUUGCAUUUGUUCUCGUUGACGAGAUCCUCAUGACGUGUGAAACGCGCCAAGACACUAUUGAAAAGAUAUUUUCUUAAGUGAACGGACUAAUAUUUUUAUCUAUUGUUGUUUCGGAUAUUUGUGUAUAAAAGAAAAAAAAAUGACACGAAAUCGUAGUAGGAAAGCUUGUCGAUCGACGGCGAAAUUUUUUUUUUUUUUUUGGCCGUUAAAUGCGCAAUGGCAAGUGCGCACUUUGUAUACGAAAAAAUAAAACAAAAAUUAAGGAUAAAUUGUAAAAAGUAAAAGAAUGGAAACGCAUCACGAGCGUGUUAGUAGUACGUUUAAUAAGCAUUUAGUGAGAGAUCAUCAUAAGCUUAAAUUGUUUCUUUUUGGCGCUUUGAGUAUACAGCUCGUGUUUUUAUUUUACUAUAAUCACUUUUUUGUUAUUUAUGUAAAGCGCACUUGAAUUGUCAGGCGUAUUAAAAUAGCGUUGACGUGUAUUUCUGAGCUAUGAGCUUAAGUGCGUUUUCCUUUCUUUUUUUAUAUUAACAAGCGAUUUUUGUACAUGUUUUGUAAAUUUUUGUACGCUUAAGCUAUUUAUUAUUCAGAUAUUAUAUAAUCUAUGUAAUACCAAAAUUAUUAAUCAUUAGGUAAAAAUCUCUGGAGAAGAGAAGUCGAAAUUAUUACAAAGAAAUUUAAUCUUAAGGAAAUAGAGAAAUACACGUCGGCGUAGUACUAUCAAAUUUUUGUAACAGGCUACGAAGGAACAAGCCGAAGCCAAAUUCGUAGUUGUUAAAAUAAGCCUUUAGUGCUCAUGAAACGUCAAAAUUGAAACACAUUCAUUAUUGUAAAUAAUGCGAAUCACCACUAAUAAAAAUCACUUGUGAAAUUGGCUUCGGUGGCAUUUUGAUAUGUUAUAUGUGGAAGCCUGACAUUGACGUACAUAGAAUUGUAAGCAAUUAAAGAUAACAUUCAUUGACUCCGCAUUCGCAUAAGUUCGAAAAAUGAAACAAACAUUUUUCAACGCAUUUUGCAUCUCGCUCAGGUGUGUGUUGCUUUGUUCACGUGAGCAACGAAUAACGUUGAAAAUUGUCUUUUUCUUUUUUCUUUUUUUUUUAUUAUGAAGAAAAACCGAAUUUAUUUGUAAAAAGUAAAUUUCUACGUUGGUACAGCAGACUAUUCUUUUUUUUUAUUCUUUUUUUUACUGUAGUUGUUAAGUACAUGGAUGACCUCGCAUUCGAAUGUUGCGGACAUAAAGAUGAUAAGAAUGUAGCCAACGCUUGAAAUUUUUCGUAGUCAGAAUAACAGAACACUACAACAACAAAAAAUACUAUUCGAGUUAUUCGUGGUAAAUGGCGACUGAAAAGCUUUUGCUUAAUUACUUUAAGCAACAAGAUUGCGUAAGUGACAUUGUUAAUAAGUUUUCACGAAUUUGCUACUUUUCGCGUUUAUCGAAGACUUGUAAUAAAUACUUCCAUCGACAUAAAGCUUUUUAAAUGAACGAUUUUAUAGUCGAUCUCCAGUAGUUUAUGUGAACUACUCAUGAGGUUACAAUUCUUCGGUAUGUAUAUGUUACAGAAUCAGUUUUUUGUAUUCACGCUAAAAUUUUUAUCACACAUUUGUAACAGCUUCAAAAUAUAACUCUUUCUCAUCCCACUUAAAUUUGUGUUUUAUUUUACUAGAAGCACAUUAAUUUUUUAAUUCAAACGGUCGCCAACUACCUUUAAAUGUGAAAGAAUAUCAAUUAAGUCAAAAUAAUAUUUUAUUCAGAUUAAAAAUACUAAAGUUAAAAAAAAUUUAUAGAAUGUCGGGGUAAAAUAUUUGGGUGCAGACAGUAAACGAGAAUAUGAAAGAAUGAGUGAUUGAUAAAGAUCAAGAAUGAAGUAAUUAAAAUAAAACACGUUUGUACACAUGAUACACAAAGCACACACUAAUUUUUUUACGCAACCAAGAUUAAUUGGAACUUGCGAUACAUUUUAGUAUUUUCGUUAACACUUUUCGUCCGUUCAAGAACGAAAGGAAUAUUUUGUAAAAUUCGUUUUCAUUCACAGAUAAUGCGUCACUAAACGUCUUUUCAUUCUUUGAGUAAACGAUGCUCUUAACAAGGUCGAAUUUUAAUAUUAGAUAAAAUCAUAAAAAUUUCAAAUAAACAGAACAAAAGUACGAGCUUUUUCAAAAACAAAAAUAAACAUAAAAAAAUGAAGCAAAUGACUGAACAAGUAAAAGUUGCAUUCACGUACUAACUAGAAGAGAAUUCACACUUUCACAUGAUAUACAGUACAGGGAUAGAAAGAACUGUCGUUAGUUUAAGGUGCGUUUAAGAUAAAUAAACAAAAGAAACACAUAGUAGAGCAAACAAAGAAAAAUAAAGUUGUCGAAAAAGUUCCUCGUGCCGAGGUGUGUUUAUAUAUCGUGCAAAAAGGAAUUUCAUAGUUAAUAAUUAACAAACUAACUGCCAUUAUAUCGGAAAAACUGAAAAAAUACAAGCGGUGGAUAUUUUGUUCACCCUACAAUGUACAGAGAGACACACGCACGUUCAAUUGAAUUACAAAAAUCCGAACUUCCUUUAAAAUUAAAUAUCACCAACACAAUGAUUACACGAAGUCAUCUUUACAUGCAAGUUUGUUUGUUGUGUAUAGAAAGAGUUGACAAGAAAAAAAUUUCUCGCGCACUAAUAUUAAUAUUAGUAAGGUGUUAUUUCCUCUUUUGAAUACUAAAUGGAGAUGUCAGAGUAAAUAGCAAACAUAAGACUUGAAACCACGGAAAAUAAAAAAGAGACCUCUAAUCUGUCGACUUAGUUCGCAUUUAAUACAUUUUUCAAUGCUAAACUGUAUAACCAGAGUGUAUGACGCGUGUUUUAAGGGGGAACAGAGUAGCAAAUUGAUCUCUUGGCGUAAUUUUACAUAAACGAAACGAUCUUUUUACAAAUUUUGCGAUGAAAAGAACAUUUUAAUGUGCUAGAGUCAUAAGAUUAAAGAAAAAAAUGAAGUUAAUCCCCCAAAAGUUGUUUAUAAAAUUUCGAUCGUAUCUAUAUUUUUUGUUUUGCUAAAAAAUAAAAAAAUGGCAAGAGCUAGUGUCUAAAGAUAAUUUUUUUUAUAUUAUGUGGUAGUUUUAAGAUCCAGAGUUAGAGACUUUCAUUGUGAGCGCCGAUGAAAAGUCUGGAGCACGUACAAGUUCCCUAAUAAAAAUGAAAAAUGACAAAAAAAUUUUUUUGCGAGCAUACACACAUUUAUACACGGACACACGUACCACAUACACAUACACAUACAUUGGACAUUCACGAAAAAAAAAAUUUUUUUUUAAUAAUUUGUUUAAUCCUGUAAAAGAAAAAUAAAUUUUUUGAGAACGAAGAGAGAAAAAAGACAGAGAAGUGAAACAUCCGAGUGAAUCUGCACGGUGAAAAAUAGAAAACAAACAAAAAAUGUAUUUCUAAGUAGAUACGCUUUCAGAAAAAUCAAUCCGAUAUGUCGUUCGACAAACAGAGAAACGAAGCAAGUAGUGAAGUGAAAAAGAAAAACGCAAAAAAAAAAUAAUAACGCGUAUAUGAGAGAGUGAGUGAACGAGGGAGAACGAUAUAAAUUAAAUGAAGAAAAAAAUAAUUCUCUGUGAUGUAAUUUUAUGACUUGAUUUUAUUUACUGCGAUUUAUUAAUUAUUUAUCGAAAGAAAGAAAAAAAAAUUUUUUUAAUAACAUCGAUCAUUAAAAAUGCACUGCAUCUUGAAUCGACCCCCCCCCCCCCCCCCGUUUAUUGUUUCUUUUCAAACACUUAUUAUUAUUGUAAUAAUUGUACAAGUAUGUCUGCGACAGGCAUGUAGGUUUUUAAACUAUGUGUAUCGAGCGUUUCUUUUUAUCUAUUUCUUACGGUUAUUAUUGUAAUUAAUUGUAAUGCCAUUUUUAUCACCAAUAAUACAGCUAUUUUUCAUUCAUUAUCAUCACCAUGGCGUAAAAAAACAGAAGGAAUGUAAUGAAUUACCUCCUUGCUUAAGUGCACACGGAAAAGAACAAAAAAGCCUGUUUUUAACAUUUAUAUACCUUCAAACAAUGUUAAGAACAUGUUUGUCGCUAUUAUCGUAUGAUGUUUUUUCUCUUUUUAUUACAGCAUGGUACAAUUUUCAUCGGAAGAAAAUUACAGAAUAAGUUAGAAUUUUUUAUGUAAAAAAAUAUUAUCAGUUAAAGAAUUUAUUAAAUAAUAAAUUGAA